CCUCUCUCACACCAAAAAUUAAUUUCCCUCCCUCAAAUUAUUUCAUAUUCCCGCUCAUUCAAUUAACCCUUCAUCAAUUUCGCUCUCAUUCUCCCCAAAAAAACCAAUUUCCCCCACUCUAAUUUUUAUCUCUCCAAAAUCUCGUCAAUUGGCUUCACUCUGUUUGAAUACGACCAGUUCACGACUGCACCGACCAAAGACGAUUGUGCUCCUGUUUAAAUCCCGACAUCAAUUUGGCGUUCAAAUCCUCUCCAAAUCAAAGCUUGAGAAAUGCGAAAGGUCUUCGGACGGUCCUCUCAACUGCACCUCAAAAAUCGUCAUCAAUAUGGCGGUUCCUAGGAGUGGUAAAGAAGCGUCCAUUGUGGUGCGAGUGGAUGAGGUGGAAGAGAAAUCGGAUGACACAAUUAAAACGCUUCGGGAUCCACCUGUGAUUACUGUUUACAAAUCUGCAGCGUACGCGCUGCAUGAUCUGACUUAUAUUAGAGAUGUCCCUUAUAAACCUGAAGAGUUUCAUGUUAAGACGCGCAAGUGUGAGUCUCAUGCUGGUGCAAAUAUUGUUGGGCAAUGUGUGAGCUUCAGAGAUGAUCAAGGAUGUGUAAUCGAGCAUACUCAGGUACCACUUAAUUGUAUCAGAACAUAUAUUGUUAUUGUGCUUUAGCAUAAUUGUUUUUUUUUUUUUUUUAUAAACUUUGAAGUUGAUUGGUAGUGUGUUGAUGGGUUAGUAUGAGUUUAUGACCAGAAGUGACAAUUAACUUAAACUUCAAAUACAUCACAACGUGCAUUGCAUCUUUCAUCAUCAUCUUAUGAUUGUUUCAAAUACAUAGUUUAGAAGUUUUGAAAGAUCUUUUCAUUUGCUCAUUUAGUUUUUGUGAUCUUUUGUUUGAUCAUCUCUUUAUGAUGGGCGAUAAAAUGGUAUAAAGAAUAAAUGUGUUUGGGAUUAAGUUUUGAGUAUGAUAUUGAUUCUCUAAGCUGUCAUAAUGACAUUGAAAGCUUCAAAACAUUUUUAUGUUGUUAUGUUAAUGAGAAUGGAACCAGACCAGACAUCUUGCAAGUGCAGAUCAUUUAAAAAACUUAAAAGGUUUUAUAUGCAAAAAUGGUGGUGGAGUGGAUUGAUUGAUUAUAACCCAAUCCUAAAAGCCCAUGUCGGUUUCAGAUUAGGCCCAUAUUAUUUACUAAUAACAUCGGUGACUCAAGCUUGAGCUGAGCUUUGGCUCGUUUAAGCGAUAUCAAAGCGAGCUCGAGCCGAUAUUUUAGCUUGUUUGAGAUUGUUCUCAAAAUAGCUUGAGCCGAGUCGAGCUUUGAAUUUUACUCACGAGCCGAGCUCGAGCUCAAAUAUGUAGCCCGGCUCGUUUACACCUCAGUCAUCGCCAGAACUCUUCCCAGCCGGCGGUCAACUCUCCCUCCCCGCUGCACUCCGCCACAGUUGCUGCCUCAGACCACCGUACUUUACCAUCUUGAAUUCUUGAUCCACUCAGUCACUUAUAAAACCUAUAUUGCAAAUCAAAGGCAAAAGUUUUCAGGUAAUUCAUACAUCUGAUUAUUUCUAUCUAUCACCAUUUCCUCAUUAUAUCUGUCAUCAUGUAAAACAUUGCCCUGUUAAUUCAUAAUCAUAUUUUAAACUUAUUUUAGUUAAGAUCCAUUGGAGAUUAGGGUUCUUAUCAUUGCAAAGGUUAUUAUUUGUGUUACUGUAAUGAUAAAAACCCAAAUUAUAACCUUUGCAAAGGUUAGUAUUAUUUUGAAAAGUAAAAAGUAAGACAAAUCAAAAAUUGCACUAAGAGAAAGGCUGUUCAUCGUGAUGUCUCUAGUGCCAAGUUUGUUGUUUUCUGUUCCUAUGAUAUUAGUUACUACCUGCACGACAGUCGGAGGUCAUUGUUACCAUCUUAAAAUUGCACUUCCAGGUAGGCGAUCAUGAUUUAUUUUGACCCUUUUGUGCACCUUGAUUCAUGAUAUUGUGAAAGAGUGAGCAAGUGUACACACUGUUUGGAAGAAUUCACUUCCAGGUAGACUUGUUUAUAGAUAAACAGUUUAGUUUAUAGGUUAUUACCGUGACAGUGUGGCAAUAGGAGCGUUUGCUGCAAUGGAAAAGGGUAUUUUGGUAAGUUGCUCUGCGGGUAACGCGGGGCCCACUUCGUACAGUUUAUCCAACGUGUCAC